UGUUCUGUGGACACAGUUGAUCCCAUGUGUGAUGAUCAGUGCCCUGCAGUGUCGCCCAGCAGUGCCACCCACCAGUGCCCAGAGGUGCCUCCUAUCAGUGUCCAGCAAUGCCUUCCACCAGUGCCCAGCAGUGCCACCCAUCAGUGCCCAGCAGUGCUGCCAGUCAGUGCUGUCAGUCAGUACCAUCAGUCAGUGCCACUCAUCAGUGUUGCACAUUAGUGCCCAUCGGUGCUGCCUAUCAGUGCCCAUUAUUGCUGCAUAUCAGUGCAGCAUAAUCAGUGCCUCCUCAUCAAUGCCCACCAGUGCUGCCUCAUCAGUGCCAUGUCAUCAGUGCCGCCUAUCAGUGCCCAUUAGUGCUGCCUAUCCAUGCCACCUCAUCAGUGCUAAUCAGUGCUGCCUAUCAGUG